AUUCAAUGAUGGCCGCCAAAAGGGGGAGGGUCGUCAUCUGUCAUCAACAUAACUAUCAAGACAAAUUGAGACAAAGCACAAACAAAGACAAAGGCAAAAAUCACCUUGGAAUUGGAUCAAGGUGUUGCAAUAUGCAAAGUCCUCCGAGGUUUAAUGGAAUUGGAAGCUUAAUGAAAUAAUGUGCUGAAUUGUUGACUGUUGAUCAGAUGAUAGUAACACGACUCUAGUAAAAAACAAAGUAUAUUUUGAAGAAGUAAUGUGGAUGUCUAUUGGAUUCGUUCAUUGCCGUCACCAUUCUCAAUGUGAUGCUACAAUAGUACAGAAAAAAGAGGAUGGCUUUUUACGUUGUCAUUAAAGGAAGAAAACGAGGUAUCUUUCGUUCAUGGCCUGAGUGUGAGUCUCAAGUAGAUGGUUAUCCUGGUUGUUUCUUCAAGAAAUUCACCAUCAGUAACUUUGGAUGUCGAGAGAAGGCUUCAGCUGCUGCUGCUCUCGAGUAUAAAAAACAUGCAUCUAAUAAUAGACUCAACAACAAAGAAGGAAGAACUUAUUUUGCAGUAGCAGAAGGCAAAGGCAAAGUUACUGGAAUAUUUUUUAAGAAGGAAGACUGUGAUAUGCAUGUGGAUUGUUCAUUUCCCAUAUACAAGGGCUUUGAGACCCUACAAGAAGCAGCUGGAUUCAUAAUAUCUUGUUUGAAACAAAGAGCAGUGGAAUUCAAAAAGCAGUGUCCAGUUCGUUCAGAUAGAGUUCGUGAUUUACAAAAUUUACCCACUAGAUUUUUCAAGUGGCCUUUCCACGUCGACAGUGAGGGAUUCGUGCAAGUGUAUGUUGAUGGAUCCUGUUUUGAAAACGGGAAAAAUGGCGCAAAAGCUGGACUUGGUGUGUUCUUCGGCAAUGGUCAUGCGAUGAAUGUUAGCAAAGCUGUUCAAUCCGAUAGCACGCAAUCCAACAAUUCUGGGGAAUUGCAGGCCGUCAAAGAAGCCCUUCGAGUAGCUAAGCAAUGUGGGAUAAAGAAACUCAAGAUUCAUUCCGAUUCCCAGUACGUCAUUAAAUGCUUCAAUUAUUGGGUAAAAAGUUGGCAAACUAAAGGAUGGAUGACAUCAGCAUCGACACCUGUUAAAAACAAAAAGGUUAUCGAAGAAAUCUGCGACAUAUGGAAUUCCGAAAACAUUCAGAUCGAAUGGAAUUUCGUUCCAGCCCAUAGAGGGAUCAGGGGCAACGAAGCUGCGGAUAGACUUGCUAAAAACGGUGCGAAGCGUGCUGUCCGCGGUACUCCUUAUUGACCUUCCACCACAUGGUCCCUUAUCGUUAUCAGUCAAGUACGUAAUUUACGAACGAGGGACCACUACAGCUUUAAAGCCACUGUAGCCCACAGUAAAUCCAUUGAUGGGGUCUAAACUCGGAAGAGGCUCAUUUUGUACAGGUUCAAAUCGAAACUUUUUGAUCAAAGCAGC